ACAACAGAGGAACGCUCGCUCAACUAGUGGUUCCGCUGUUCCCGACAGGCCGUGAACGCAGCAUCUGGCCAGGGGCGGGUAACCGAGCAGUAUGGCGGACGAUGGAGACAGUUCGAGCGGACCAGUUGACACCAGCGGCGGGCAGGGGGCAGCGGAUGAGUCGGACGGGCUCGGCCUCGGCGGGAUGUUGCUGAACAUCGGUAUCUUGGUUGUGGUGGUGGCGGUGUGUUUUGUGGUGUACCGGCGGUGGGGCAGGCGGCUCGGCGCUGACGCGGCCCAGGGCGACGAGGCCUCGGCGCUUCCUAAGAUGAGGAGACGGGACUUCACUCUGGAACAGCUGCGGGAGUACGACGGGCUCCACAGCCCCCGCAUCCUGAUGGCUGUCAACAUGAAAGUCUUCGACGUGACUAGCGGCAAAAAGUUUUACGGGAAAGAUGGUCCUUACGGCAUUUUCGCGGGCCGGGAUGCUUCAAGAGGCCUGGCCACCUUCUGCCUGGAGAAAGACGCUCUGAGGGACGAGUACGACGACCUGUCGGACCUCAACGCUGUACAGAUGGAGAGCGUGAGGGAGUGGGAGAUGCAGUUCAUGGAAAAAUACGAUUACGUCGGGAGGUUGCUGAAGCCCGGAGACGAGCCGUCGGAGUACACGGACGAGGAGGACAUCAAAGACCACCUGAAACACGACUGAACGGUUUUUCCAUCACACCGACCAAAGCCAGGAGCCCCAAACAGCUGCGACAGACCGCCCCAGACCUCCUCCUUCUCCUCCUCCUCCUCCUUCUCCUCCUCCUCCUCCUUCUCCUCGCCCCCAUUGAUCUACCUGCCACUCCCCUUCCUUCGCCCCCCCACCACCCCCUCCCACUUCCAGACUCUUCAUCUCCUGAAUCCGUCUGGUGCCGUGGCUGUUUCGGAAGGGCAGGACUUCAAGUCUCAAUGCCCAGACCUCCCUCCCCCCCCUCCCUCCCUCCUCAUCCUGCAAAGAUUACCACCGGAGAGCGAUCCUUCGAUGAGAGGGCUUUUUUUUAAAACGACAGAAACACGUCUGGGGGGAGUGCGAGGGUUGUGCCAUUUAGAUGUAAUUGAAAAUCCUACAAAAUAUUUUAGUCAUUUCUCCAGAGGGGGGAACAAGAAAAAAAAAAAAAGAAGUGCGGCUCGUUUUUUUUUGUCAAACGGGUCGCGGCGGUCACCGCUGUGCGCUGGGUUGGAGGUUGGUCGAGCUAAGUCAAGAGAAACGCAUUGGUCAGAGAUGAUCAGUGGAUCGGGAUGGGGAAACAGAUUUCUCUCUCUUUUUAUCUUUGGUUUUGUCACAUCGCAACUGAACUACUGCUUCAGCUUUUCGGACAGCUUUAUCAAUCAAUCAUUUUCUGUUUUUUCAAAUCAUUUCCCACCCUUUUUUUUUUUUUUGUUUUUUUUUUGUUUUGUUGUUGAAAAGGGCAGUGCUGUGGCCUAACCAAAGGCAAUUGGCAGGGCGUCGCAUUUUCCUGUUGUGUUUUUGUAGUGUAUGCACUACUAGUUUUCUUUGUUUGUCACCAUGUGAUUGUAUUUGUUGAGUAGCAUAGAGGGAGGGAGGGAUGUUUUUUUUUUUUUUUUUUUUUUUUUUUUUU